CUAACUCAACAUGGUAGUUCGAGGAAAUGAAUAAGGUUUUGAUAGUAAAAGAUGUCGGUAUGAUCUAAAGAAGUUCACCAAGAAUGAACUAAAAGGGACUUUGAAGGCUUCAUAUCACAUCUUCUAAUUGCCCACUUAUUGCUCUACAAUUCACUUUUGAAGAGAUGAAUAUGUCUUCAAAAGAAAAUGGUCUUCAUCCGAAACUUGAAGAUCAAAUGAAUGGUCAAUCCAACAAACGUUCAUCGAGUUCAAGACGAUGGUCUUCUUGUAGGAAUCCAAGGAUUGUUCAUGCUUCACCCUUAUCUGGAUCAAAAGAUAGACAUAGCAAGGUAAGUACAAUAAGAGGUUUAAGAGAUAGGAGAAUUAGGUUAUCUGUGCCCACAGCUCUUCAAUUAUACAAUCUUCAAGAGAGGCUAAACCUUAAUCAGCCUAGCAAAGUUAUAGAUUGGUUGCUUGAAGAAACUAAACACGAAAUCGACAAUCUUCCACCACUUCAUUUCCCACCUUUUUCUUCGAACUCGAUUUCUCAUGAGUUGAAUGUAUAUCAUCCUCCAUCUUAUCAUUCCUCAUUCGAUUUGAACCAAACACACACAAAUCAAGACACAUCUAAGAGACCAAAUCUUGAACAAGAUAGUCACAUGUCGAGCGAAAAGAAUGAGUACACAAUUCUAAACCAACAAGGAGGAGGUGUUAAUGAAAAUUACACUAAUAACAUCAAUUUCGCCAUUCCUAUCUUUCCAAACAAUGUCAUAAUUCCAAGCAAUCCUUAUUUGAAUUGGGAGUUCUUCCCAUUUGUGAGACAUGGAGUUGUUUCGCAAGCAGAAGGCGCCGCCUAUGCUGGCCAACAGGUAUUGGCUCAGAACCAAUAUUCUUCCACCAUUGGACCUCGGCCAGAGAAUGAAAAUAGAAAACACAAACAGAUGAUUCAGAACAAUCUUCAAGUUGUGACGAGCCUCUCUUCGAUGAAUCCACUUUCUUCAAUGUUCAAUCUUCGCCCACAAAUGCAAUAGAUCAGCCAUGGAAGCACAAGCAGUACUGAUUCUUGAAUUAGUAAGUGUGCUUAUAUAUAUAUGCUUUCAUUUGUGUGUGCCUUGGAAUAUGUGUUUAUACAUAGAUGCAUUGAAGUAAGUGUGCUUAAUAUUGAUUAUAUACAAUUAAAUGUACUAUAUAUAUAUAAAAGCUUUAUAUUUGUCAUUCUAUAAAUAUAAUGAG